AUGAAAUCCGAGAAUCGCUCCUUCGCUUUUCCUCGAACUCAACGCUUUAAUCUGAAUCGCUCCAUUUCAGAAUUUUCCGGGUCAUCCCCUCUGCAACCUCGUUCAUAUCUGUUGGUUCAUUUUAGUGAAUCUAGGGUUUUGAUCGGAAGGAUUAACGAUUCAAGCUGUUCCACUUUAAACAUUCAUUAUGGAAUUGGGAACUUUGGGGGUUUCAAGGAGAAUGCCUAUGGGAUCACAGACGUAGUUCCAAACUGA